AUGGCCAUCUUUAAUUCACCCCGAUCAUUUCAAAAUGUCAAUGCUAUUGCGCAGGCCCCAAUGGGCGUCAACAGCUUCUUCAUAAGCGCCCAUGAAAGUCAUCCCCCAUUCUUACAAUUAGUGCUGCUCGUCUUCUCAGCUGUACUGGAAGUCGUCUGCGUCAGCCUCCCUGGUUACAUUGCUGCCCGUCAGGGCAUGUUUGAUGCUGAUGCCCAAAAGCUGGUGGCAAACCUCAAUGUGACUCUGUUCACCCCUUGCCUCAUUUUUACCAAAUUGGGCUCGCAAUUAACCGCCGAGAAGCUGACGGACCUGGCUAUCAUCCCGGUUAUUUUUAUUGUCCAGACAUUCGUCUCAUACAUCUGUUCCUUCGUUGUCGCAAAAUGUUGCCGCUUCAAGAAGCGGCAAUCGAAUUUCGUGGCCGCCAUGGCGGUCUUCGGCAAUUCAAACUCUCUCCCGAUCUCUCUCGUCAUGUCGCUCUCACAGACCCUCAAAGGCCUCCACUGGGAUCGGCUCCCAAACGACAACGAUGACGAAGUCGCCGCACGUGGCAUUCUAUACCUGCUUAUCUUCCAGCAGCUAGGUCAGCUCGUGCGCUGGAGUUGGGGAUACCACAUUCUCUUAGCGCCUAAGGACCGAUACAUCGAGGAGGCGGAGCGCGAAGAGAGUGGCCAAUCAGUCAUCGAGCAGGGCCAGGCGCGGUACAGCGACAAUCCGGACCAGACAGAUCCGGACGAACCGCUAGUCCGGACACGCAGCUCUGACGAUCUACUCCAUGCCCACGCAACGCAUGCCGAGCACCGGUUCCCAUCCGGCGACCAAACACCCGUGUCAACGCGAACUUAUUCAUACUCGAAGCUGUCCUCCGCUCACUCAGACGACGACUCAGACGAUGCACCGUCAGCGAUUGGACCACCACCCGCCGGGCCAUUCCUCCCCGUCAAAGCUCCCAAGGCGACAUUCUCCAGUUCCCGGAUGUCGAAACCACCGCGCGCGAAGCCGAGGAAGCCGAGAAAACGUGUUUCCAGCGCUGCAAAGCAUCUCUGCGCAGAUCGCGAGACCGUCUGA